AUGAUGAAUUUUGCCAGGCCUACACCUUUGUUGCUGUUUGGUGGAGUUCGUGAUAAUUCUUCUCAGCGUAAGUUGCGAAGUAAUGUCAGAUAUCUCUCAUCUGCAGGUCAAACAAGGCCUACACCUUUGUUGCUGUUUGGUGGAGUUCGUGAUAAUUCUUCUCAGCGUAAGUUGCGAAGUAAUGUCAGAUAUCUCUCAUCUGCAGACCUUCCUUCACAUACAGUUAUCGGAAUGCCAGCUUUAUCUCCUACAAUGACUCAAGGUAAUAUUGCUAAGUGGAGGAAGAAAGAAGGAGAUAAGAACCAGGGUAACAUUGCUAAGUGGAGGAAAAAGGAAGGCGAUAAGAUUCAGGUUGGUGAUGUGAUCUGUGAAAUAGAGACAGACAAAGCUACCCUAGAAUUUGAAUGUCUUGAAGAGGGUUUCCUUGCCAAGAUACUGGCACCGGAAGGCUCAAAAGACGUGGCCGUGGGACAACCCAUUGCAAUAACAAUACUGGCACCGGAAGGCUCAAAAGAUGUGGCUGUGGGACAACCCAUUGCAAUAACAGUUGAGGAGCCAAAUGAUUUGGAAACUGUGAAGACAUCUUUUAGUGGCAAUUGGAUGGGAAAAGAGGAAAAGCCAACCCAUCACGAGGCAAAACAUGAAGGGAGAACACAGAAAAUUAGUUUCACUAGGAUUAGUCCAUCAGCAAAGUUGCUAAUUUUAGAACAUGGAUUGGAUGCAUCAUCAUUAACAGCGUCAGGUCCUCGUGGCACUCUCACAAAAGGGGAUGUUUUAGCUGCAAUAAAGUCUGGCAAAUCAUCUCCAAAGACAUCUUCAUCGCUGGAGAAGAUGCCUCCAUCACCUCAAAUCCACCCACAAAAAUCUUCAGAAUCGGCAGGAUUGAGAUCUCAAGAUUCUUAUGAAGAUUUGCCUAAUAGUCAAAUUCGGAAGGUGAUAGCAAGAAGGCUGUUGGAAUCAAAACAAAAUACACCUCAUCUAUAUUUAUCCUCAGAUGUUAUACUGGAUCCUCUUCUAUCUUUCAGAAAGGAGCUUAAAGCAAAAUACGAUGUCAAAGUGUCCGUGAACGACAUUGUCAUCAAGGCUGUUGCAAUUGCAUUGAGAAAUGUACCUGAAGCAAAUGGUAAGAUGUUUCUAAUCAUUUACUGGUCCAAACUAUAUUUUCUGGUGACAAGGUGAUUUGAUGAUGGUCAGUUGCUUGUUGAUAAGCAGAUUCAGCCAUAAAGGUCUAAUCGCAAAUUGCUAGUGUUCUUACGUUUUAAAUGAAUCCUUUCCCACUUUAGUUGUUGUUUUAUGCUCUACCAAAAUGUUCUUCACACCAAAUACAUGAUUGGCAUGUUAGAAAUCCUCUCUGGUGUACUCAUGAAAAG